AUGCCUAAUCCACCACCUACAGCAGGAAGCUCUUCGCUCUUCCCACUCAUCUCCAAGAAACAUGAGAUUGUGCUCUUUUCCAGUACGGCAAUUGCUCUCUAUGGAUACGAUCAAGGAAUGAUGUCCCUGAUCAACACGAAUUCUUCCUACCUUCAAACAAUGCAAAUAUCCAAAGAGUCUCCAAUUGUCGGUAUAAUAGUCUCCGUAUAUUAUUUGGGUUGUGCCGUUGGAGCCAUUAUUGCAUCAUGGCUGGCAGACAGGGAAGGACGAAAGCCUUCAAUAUUCACCUGCCUCGCAACGACGGCUUUUGGGAAUAUUCUCAUGUUUAUAUCUGGCCUGUCAAUGAACGGCACAAGUCCUUGGAAGGGCGGAGCAUUGGCUUGUAUGCUGACAGGUCGGGUCGUUAUGGGACUUGGAGUUGGCGGCAUUGAUGCCGUGAUUCCCAUUUACAGCAGUGAACUUGCAUCGGAUAAAUCCCGCGGCAAAGCUCUGGCGCAGGAGUUUCAAAUGAACAUCUUUGGGCUUCUCAUGGCAUACUCGAUUAACCUUGGGGUCACCAUCGGUCUUGGGAAACAGAAUCAGUGGGCAUGGCGUAUUCCUAUCAUCGUUAUGCAGAUCUUCCCCCUUGUCCUCAUGUCUGUCAUCAGCCAACUCCCGGAGACUCCCCGCUGGUACAUCAGCAAAGAGAGGAAAGAUGAUGCAAGGAAAGCAUUGAUACACGUCCAUGGCAAGGAAAAGGCAGAAAGAUUACUAGAAAGUAUCCAAAAAGCACAAGAUGAAGAAAGUAAUGAGAAGGUGGGCUACAAAGAUAUGUUGAUCCCGGGAGGAUCUCAGUACCAUCCAAGCAUGGUCACAGUCAUGGGUCAAAUAAACCAAGCCCUCACCGGCUACGGAGCAGUCUCAGUUUACGGUCCCCAAAUCUUCGAACUCCUCGGCUUUCAGACCGAAAAAGCAGAAUAUUUAACACUAGGAAACUACAUCUCCUACUUCCUAAUGAUGACUUUCGCCUGGCUCUCAAUCGACGUCUUCGGCCGCCGCAAACUCAUGAUCUGGGGCUCAAUCGGCCUCUCUUCCUCCUUCGCUCUCCUCACCAUUUUCGGCGGCCUCGCGCAAAGCGUCCCAGGCGUCCCGGUCCUCGCUGUCGAAAUCCCAGGCAGCAUUGUGCUUUUCGUCGCCACGGCAAUCUUUGGCAUCGGCUGGCUGGCUACCGUCUGGCUGAUACCCACAGAGAUAUAUCCUAGCACGGCAAGGGCACAGGGAAGUGCUAUCUCUGUGAUUGUGUGGGGAUUUGCGAAUUUCACUAUCACUCUGCUGACGCCUGUGGGAUUUAACAAUCUAAAGUAUUGGCUGUUCUUGAUUUUCGCUGCUACAAAUGCGUUUGCUGGCUGGUGGACUUGGAGGUAUAGUCCUGAGAGUGGAGGAAGGAGUUUUGAGGAGAACCAAGAGUUCUUUGAUAGUGCGAGGAAUGAUGGUAGCUGGGUUGUUAGGGAGGUUGAUGGGGGGAAGUUUGUGACGAUGCCGAGGAAGAAGAAGAGUGAUAGCGAAAGUGGAGCGGAUAGUGAGAGUGCACCAUUGUUGCGGAAUAGACGAUGA